AUGGAGCACAAUUUGGAGGCUGCCUCGACCUAUGUCAACAAUAUCUUGCUGGCUCGGGGCCUGCUGAAAGGCGGUCGGCCUAUUGACUUUGCCGAUCCUGAAAAUGAGGACGGAGGGACGGAUGGUACCAUGGCCCGGGUGAUCAACCUGGUGAAUGACCUCGUGCUAAGGAGAGACCGCGAAGCUGAGCACCGCGAGAGCUUAUCAACUACUAUUCGCACGUUGCAGGCGACCGAGGCGGAGCAAACGAUGGAGAUUGGAAAACUCAAAACAAAAUCCGCAGAAUUGACCCGCUCAGUAGCACUCGCAGAGGCGCAAGAACGAUCGCUCAAAUCCAACCUUUCCAGUGCCGAAGCUACGAUCCGAGGAUUCAAAGAACAGGUCCAGCGCAUGAAGAGUACGGUCCAGCAAGUGCGCGCGCAAUGCGCUAACGAUAUCCGCAAACGGGAUCUGGAAAUGCAGAAGCUGAAAUCGCAUCUGGACGAGAGACGGCGGGGAAAGCGCGACGGCUUGACCGUCACCACAAUCAACAUCAAUCCUGCAGCCGAUCGAUCGCGACUUGGAGCUAGCGGUGGAGAUCGAGUUAAUGAUCCCGGAUACAGCUUGAAGCAGGAAACGACUGACUUUUUGACGGAGCUGUGCCAGAAUCUCAGCGAUGAGAAUGAUACAUUGAUUGAGCUUGCCCGGAGCACUGUUCACACUUUGAAGGAUCUACAAGGGAUUCCACAGCCUGAGCAUGGGAAGAGUGAGUAUGAGCAGGCAAGUAUGGCUGCAAGUGUGGGACCGAACAAGUCGGGGCCCGUUACUUCGCUUCCAACUUCUUGCGAAGAGUUGUCUACUCAUAUGGAGACUGUAUUGGAUCAUCUACGGACACUCCUUACCAACCCCUCUUUCGUGCCUCUGGAAGAAGUUGAGACGAGAGAUGAGGAGAUUAAGAGACUGCGGGAAGGCUGGGUCAAGAUGGAAAGCCGCUGGAAACAAGCAGUUACUAUGAUGGGCGGCUGGCAGCGUCGCCUUGCAGAUGGAGGAGACUCUAUCCGGGCAGAAGAAUUGAAGCGCGGCAUGAACCUCGAUCUUAGCAUUAAUUCGACCGACGACAGUAUGCAAGAGUCCAACCCUAUCCCAACAAUUUUGGAAGACCAGGACGAAGAGGACAGUGAAUCCGAGAAAGCACCAGAGCCCGAAAUGGCCCAACCACCAAAGACCAGGUCCAAGAUCCGCAAAGUACCCGAGCGACCAGACCGAGCUUUAAGAGAGCGGAGUGACAACGCCAUGACAAAGCGUCCCCGAAAGGUCUCCUUCACACCAGGUCUACAAGGCUCACCAGCUGUGUCAGCCCCGGAAGAUGACACCUUACCGAUCAAAGCAUACAAACCCGAGUCGUCCGUGACGCAGAGAUCCUCAAGACGAAAGACCGAAACAAAGGACACCCAUCAGCCCCCCAAUGAAUCACAAAUGAGCGUUCCCCAAAAGCUAGCCGCGGUAGAAGACGAAGCACGCGCAGCUCAAAAUGAACGCAAAGAGCGCGAAUCAAGAAAGAGGAGUCGUCCAGAAAAAGCUCGGCCAGCAAACCGGCGACGAAGUACUCUCACAACUGACGAGCUCGAUGAUCUGAUGGGCGUAGCCCGGUAA